AUGUUGCUUUUGGGUCGUUUUACCUCAUUUGUGGCCGCGGUCGCUGCACUGCAAAACCCACAUCUUAAGGCUGCAUCUUUUAAACGUCCGAAGGCUUUGCACGAGCAAGAAGCUUGCCUCGGUCGGCCUGAAUAUCAGUAUCUCAAUGAGAACACAGAAAAAUUCCUUGUGAAUGGUAGUCAUUUCCCUCGAGUUCCUUUCGACAUCGGUGAAAGCUAUUCUGGUCUUUUGUCCAACGCGCCUCAUGGGAAUUCGAGCUUGUUCUUCUGGUUCUUCCCCUCUACCAACCCAGCGGCGAACAAGGAGCUUACCAUCUGGCUCAAUGGAGGUCCCGGGUGCAGUUCGCUUGAUGGCCUGUUGCAAGAAAACGGCCCUUUCCUAUGGCAGCCGGGAGUCUAUGAGCCGGUACGAAACCCCUACUCAUGGACCAACUUGACAAACAUUGUCUACAUUGAUCAGCCUGCUGGCACUGGCCUUUCUCCAGGUCCGGCCACCGUUCAGGAUGAGAUCGAUGUUUCAAACCAAUUCAAUGACUUCUGGCAGCGCUUUAUUCAAACCUUCAGUAUGCAGGGCUACAAGAUUUACAUUACUGGAGAGAGCUAUGCUGGGCAAUACAUUCCGUAUCUGGCGGACGCGAUGUUAAACCGCGAAGAUACCACCCAUUUCAACCUCAAGGGUAUCCAACUGAUUGACCCUUUGAUCAACGACGAAGAUGUUAUGAUAUAUGCCCCAGCAGUAGCAGCACUGAACCAUUACUCUGCCAUCUUUGCACUGAACGACACUUUCAUGUCAGAAAUUAACCAACGCGCCGACCAAUGCGGCUAUACAAAAUUCUUGGAGAGAGCUCUCACUUACCCACCGCCACAGCCAUUCCCGGUAGCACCAGACCCUUAUAAGCCCGGUUGCGAUGUAUGGAAUCAAAUUGUGAAAGCAGCAACUUACGUUAACCCGUGCUUCAACGUGUAUCACUUAACAGACUUUUGUCCAUUCCUAUGGAACCAAAUGGGCUUCCCCUCGCUAGCCGGCGGACCCCACAACUACUUCAAUGAGUCCGCUGUCCAGGAAGCCCUCCAUAUUCCGCCCACCAACUAUGCCGUCUGCAAUGGCCAGAUCUUCCCAAACGGCGAUGGAUCAGUCCCCAGUGCUUUUGGCCCGCUACCCAGAGUGAUCGAGCGCACAAACAAUGUUAUCAUCGCUCAUGGGUGGUUGGAUUACUUACUCUUCAUCAAUGGCUCUCUCGCUACUAUCCAAAAUAUGACCUGGAACGGAGGACAGGGCUUCAACAAAACGCCUAUUGAAUCACCCUCGAACGAACUUUUCGUACCCUAUACAGAUGCUUUGAACGCCAUUGCAAACCACGCUUCGAGUCGGCCUUGGACUGCUGAUGCCGGUGGUGGUAUUCUGGGAACUGCUCAUCACGAACGAGGUCUCACGUUCAGCACGGUCUAUGCCGCUGGUCAUGAGAUCCCACAGUACGUCCCUGGUGCGGCUUAUAGACAGUUGGAGUUCUUGCUGGGGAGGAUUAAGAACCUGCAACAGGGAGGAUCUUUUACGACUCUGUGA